UUGGGACUUGGAGCGAGGGAUCGGAGAAAGCAGACAAAUGUUGAGUUGUUCAUCGGCGUUCCAAAGAGUAGCCUUUUCGCUGAUGGCUCCCAAAUUAAAACCUCAACGACUCCAUCAAAUUGCAGAUACUGGGGCUGAGCAAUUGCUUAAGAAAGCUAGGACGAUGAGUACCGGAUCCUCCAUGAAAGAUGCUUUCUCUACUUACGCUGAUUAUCUCAAUAACUUCAAUGAGAAACGAGAAAGAGUGGUGAAGGCAAGUCGUGAUAUCACUAUGAACAGUAAAAAAGUUAUCUUUCAGGUUCACAGACUCAGCAAAGACAACAAAGAGGAGGUUUUGGAGAAAGCAGGGAAAGAUUUAGAAGCAGUGAGAGAUCAACACUUUUCCCGGCUAAUGAAAGAGCUUCAAGGGACUGAUUUCUGGAAGCUGAGACGAGCUUACUCUCCAGGGGUGCAAGAGUAUGUUGAAGCUGCAACGUUUUACAAGUUUUGUUCGUCUGGGACGCUCUCUACUCUCGAUGAGAUUAACGCAACGCUUUUGCCGCUUAGUGACCCUUCUUUAGAGCCGUUGCAGAUCAACAUCCUUGACUACAUUCUUGGGCUUGCGGAUUUGACUGGAGAGCUAAUGAGGAUGGCAAUUGGUCGAAUAUCAGACGGUGAAAUCGAAUUCGCGCAGCGGAUUUGCCAGUUUGUUCGACAGAUUCACAGGGAACUUCUGCUUGUCGUGCCGCAGAUGGAUGACAGUUACGACAUGAAGUCUAAGAUGGAAGUGAUGCUUCAGAGCGUGAUCAAAAUAGAGAAUGCUUGCUUCAGUGUUCAUGUGCGUGGAUCAGAGUAUAUUCCGCUUCUUGGAGAUGAUGCUCCAACAUCGUACCACCUAUUGGGAAGUGCUGAUGUUGAAUGAUUCAAAGUGAGUUUUUAUUUAUCCGUCUCUCGGACAAAUCUCUAAGAACUUUGUUAAGGUUGGUCUGUGUUUAGUUACUUCUUGCUUCCUAGGAACUUUAAAUCUCGCUUCUGCAAAGACUUUAUAAAUAUGAAUGGUUUAUAACAAAGUGUUGAAUUUCUCUAUUGUGAAACGGAAGUUUUUUUUUUUUAUAUAUAAUAAUUUCUCUAUUACAAUUGGAACAAAAGUCG